AUGUUUUUAAAUAUUUUCAUUAGAAGUCUCUUAAAUUAUUCAAAUAGUUUCCUAAAAAUUAGAUGUUUUUCUUCUAAAUCUUUAGACUCAUUUUCUGUACUAAAAAAGCCUCUUAACUAUACUUAUGAAAGAAGAUUGAAAAGAAGAAAAGAUGAUAAUAAUGUGGAAAAACGUAUGAAAGAAUACAAAUUUGAUGAUAUUACAUCUUUAGCUCAUGAUUAUCUUGAUGAACAUAGAGAAAUUAGGGAAUAUUAUCGUAAAAUUGCAUGGGAACUUCCUACAUUAACAAAAUUUUCAAUGAAAUAUGAAGUUCCUGGAAAAGAGGAUAUUUUAAAAUUUAGAUAUACAACUUAUUUAGGAGAAAAACAUCCAGCAGAAUCAAAAGUGACGAUGGAAGUAUUAUUAAAUAAUCUUGGUCUUAGUUUGGUUGAACGUCAUAAAUUAAUUGUCCUUUCAGGACCAAGAUAUAAUCCUUUAACAGAUGUAUUAAAGUUUAAUUGUGAAUUAUUUCCAGAAAGAGAUGAAAAUAAAAAGUAUUUAAAUGAACAAUUAAAGAAACUUAUUGAAGAAGCAAAGGAUUUAAGGGAUACAUUUGAAGAUAUUCCUCAAGACUUUAGACAUGUUAAAUCAAAAACUUCUAUAACUUUUCCUAAAGAAUGGAUUAGAUGA